CCGAAAAUGAAAGCACCCCAAAAAAGGACCGAGAAAAAUGGUUCAGCUGACGACAGUUUUAUCGAUGAUUCCGAUUCUGACGGAUGGGAAGCCGUGGAAGAAUUAGGCAGCAACGAUGAGGGACCCUCGACGUCGCAUCCGGUGGAGGUGACCAUAUCGGUGCACGGGGCCAAAAAGAAGCAGAUGAGCAUGGAGACAUUCCUGUUGAACCGCUUGAAACGGCGCCAGCGAGAAAUGCGUGUCGAUGCUCAUAAGGUGCAUUUAUUGUGCAGUCUUGGACACGGUUUCUUCCUGAACGAUAUUGUGGGUCGAAAUCCAGAGUUACUGGCCGUUGCAUUGUCUCUGUGGGAAAAUUCGGUAGUACAGAACAAAUCCCUGCUGAAAACAUUGGAUCCUCUACGUGUGAAGACAUUGGUUGGAAACAUCAAGAGUCAUUUUCCGGUCGUCCCGGAAUUCAGCGAGUCGCCGCCAAAUACUGUGCGUGCACUUCGCCGGACGUUGAUGCUGAAACGUUGUCCUUCCUAUCUGCAUUUAACGAUGGUGAUGCUGCUGAUGUUGCGGAGUUUGGGUGUGGAAGUGAGAUUGAUCUUCAGUAUGCAGCCUUUAUCGGUAAAAGAGGCCAAGCUGCCGAACGUCUGCCAAAAACAAAAAACCAAAGUUUCUCCGUAUUUUCAAAAGAUCAAGGAGAGCGUUUCCGGAAAGGGUAGUGGUACAAAGGCAGCAACACCGAAUAAAAAGAAACGGGCAAUCUCGUCGGACGAAGAUUCUGAUUUUGAACGAAAGCCAAAGAAAAAAACAAAGAAAGCAGUUCCCAAAAAAGAUGCCCCAUCUACGCCUAAAAAGGAAAGUCAAAUCUCUGUUGAAGCGGAAAAACAGGUGGAUGCUGGAGCGACAACUUCCAUCAUUUCACCUAAGAAAUCCAAUAAUAAUUUUGUUCCGAAACGUGGCGCUGGUGUUGACUAUUGGUUGGACGUUUACUGUCCGAAAUCGAAGGUCUAUGUGCCAGUACAUUGUAUCCUGGGAGACGUCAACCGUUUUGAGGAGUGCGAACGUGAUGCCUCCCAACCCAUACAAUAUGUUGUUGCCUUCGGUGAAGAAAAUAGUGCCAAAGAUGUUACUGCUGUGUUCUGUCAGAACUGGCUGACCGUGAAUCGCAAGCUGCAAGUUGACGUUGAAUGGUGGAAGGAAACAAUGGCAGUUUUCAAGCCAAAGGAUAAAAAGCGGGAUGAAGAGGAAGAUGAGAAAAUUAAAGAUAUGUUAUUGGCACGUCCUAGGCCAAAAACCGUGCAGGAGUUUAAAGGUCAUCCGCUGUACAUUGUACCACGUCAUCUCUUGAAAUAUGAAGCCAUUUAUCCGCCGAACCCAGUUCCAGUUGACCAUGUCAAAGAUGAACCCGUGUAUCUUCGAGAUGUGGUCCACCUGUUACACACGCGCGAGAAUUGGCUGAAAGAGGCUCGCUUGAUCAAAAAUGGUGAGAAGCCAUACAAGGAAGUAAAGAAAAUUCAGCGACGUGUUAAGCGACGAAAGCGCGAUGAUCCAACUGCUGAUUUGCUGGAUGCCAUUGCUGAGAAAGAAAAGCCUAAAGAACAAAUGGCACCCUUGUAUGGAUACUGGCAAACAAUGGAUUACGUUAAUCCUGUGGCGAAGAACGGUAAAGUCCCGAGGAAUGAAUAUGGAAAUGUGGAUAUGUUCCAGCCAUCGAUGCUACCGAUCGGUUGUGUUCAUAUCCCGAUAAAAAACAUCCACCGUGUCGCGAAGCAGUUGGAUAUUGACUGCGCGGCUGCCAUGACCGGUUGGAGUUUUGGUGGCGGACACUGUCAUCCGAUUAUGGACGGAUGGAUUGUGUGCGAAGAAUUUGCGGAUACACUGAUGGAUGCUUGGAAUAAUGAGCAGGAUAAGAUCAUCGCGGAAGAAAAAUCGAAGAAGUCGCAGAGAGCUACUGACAACUGGCGAAAGCUAAUGCGUGGAUUGCAUUGGAAGAAAAAGCUGCAGUUUAAAUAUGGCAUUAAUCCGGAAGAUGUGGACCAAAAGACGAUGAAAAAGCUUCAGACAGUACAGGUCGACAGUGACGAAGAAUGACACUGCCCCUUGGUUGAUGCUCGGUUGUUGAGAGACGGUUGCAAUAAGUUUUCGUUUUUUGAUUUUUUGUCUUGAUUGAAGGCAGUGUAACAGUUCCUUUCGAUGUGUGACCAUGCGUUUGUGCCUGACAUACGCUGCGUUAUUUCCUUAAAUUUUCUCAAAAUGCUGCCAAUUUUCCAUUUUUAAAAAUAAUUUUUGAUUUGGUUUAUCCCCAGUACUGGAUACUGCUGUUACAAUAUUUAAACGACAGUUUUAAAACGCCUUGAUAUUUUUUUGCAUAGUACAGUAAUUUGCGGUACCGUUAAGUUUUAAUCCAAUUCUUUGGAGUCUUUCUAAAAAAAUAUAAUCUCUUAACUACUUCAAUUAAAG